CUUCAACUUCAUCGGUCGUACUACUUACAUAGAACUAGAUGAAAGGUAGCUGUUCGCGCGCAAGAUCUAAGACAUUUGUGAUUAAGAACCACAUCUGAUGAUUGAAGACACUAAUACCGCAUGAUCGCUCUGACUGUAAAAGAAAAUGCGUAGCAGCACGAAAAUUUCGCCUUCGGGCUCGUCUCGGCCUAGCGCAAACGCAGGAGCUCCCAAAGCCAGAAAAGAGAGCAACAACCAAAGUGCUGGACAGCCAAAGAAGAGGAGGCAGCGGGUGCUUAUUGGUGGGCGUGAAUAUUUUGACGAGGAGGAUGAUAGUGACUACGUCCCUGAAGCGAGGGAUGAAGAAGAAGACGAAGAAAACGAUGCGAAUGCCAACUGGUUCGCUAAGCGCCGGAAAAAGGAAGCCAGCGCAGACGGACAUGCGAACAGAUCCGUAGUAGGCCACGUGUCGGAGUGGGAGUCACAGGUUUGGAAGAAAAACGGCACCUUUGACCCGAGCACGGAGGCAGAGUUCGCGAGUCUUCUCGCGGCAGAACAGCACAGAGGGGCUGCCGAACGAAACGAGCGCUGCUUUUUCGGCACUGGCAUUGGUUCGCGGAAUUUCUCAUGGACAGGAGUAAGCAGUAACUGUGAAGACAAGGUUUACAAGGUGCUGUUACAGGGGGCACAAGCGGGUCGUAAGGGUCCUGAAACGAAUCCAAACAAGAGAAGCAACAGCGCAUCGACAGCUAGGGGACGCAACCUCGGAAACGAUGUCCGUUUUCGAGAUGCGAAGUGGCGGAAAUCGACCAAAAGUGGUGAUAUACAUUUCUUUGCGCAAGAACCAAGAGAAACGACUACCCUUACCUUCAGGACAAUGUCUGCAAUAUGUUCAGCGUUUAAGAGUACCACGUCUAAGAGUACUACCAACACAACAGGCGAAACUAAAAGGGAAGAAAAUCAAAGGCCAACCGCAAAAAGUAAAGAUGCUCUCAGAGGCUUGUUGCUGAAUGAAGGUGUGGAGUGCGGUACAUUACUUGUUGGCACUGGAAAAGCGAUAUCCUCAACCUCUUCCCGAAAUGAGUAUCACACGAGCCUGCCCACUUUGCAGGCUCGUGUUCCCUCAACAAAGCAGAUUGCUGCAAGUUCUACAAUGUCCUCCUCGGCACCAAACGCGGCAGCCUGCGAAGAUAGGAAGGACACUAGCAACAAGAAGACGAGGUUGUCUAAUCCGCCAGCUGCAAGCAACAAGAGAAAGAGCCUUUCCACAAAUCAUGAGGCUUCCAAAUCACCAUCAAAAAGUACCUCUGUCUCGAUAAGCCGUCUCUUGUCGCGUAUAAAUGACAUCGAAGCAGCUGGCAUAUCAUCACUGAGCUUCCGCAAUCCGGACCUCGAUUACGAUUUGGCACCUGGAGAAAUAGAGCGGAUGGCAGAGGCAAUAACAGCUGGGCGAGCGAGAGCAGACGCAUUAAGAAGUAAAAAAGUGCAAGUGGAGCAAAUAAACAGCACGAGUUGUUUACGCUUCGAGCGUCCCAAUCCAGAACUUCCAGCUUCAAGUGCCGCCAGAGGCAGGGGGGCAAAAAGAAGGUCUUCGCUUGCAGCAUUACCCGCAGAAACCGGAGCUGCGUCGUCAACAACCAUAUCUGCCAGAAUUCCAAGUCGAGUGCGAUUGGGGGAGCGUGCAAAGAUUGAUCACGCCUCCAUCCGCGCGCGAAUCGACGAAGCAUACAUCAAUCACUAUGACCGUGCCGCCGAUCGCGACGCAGCCAGAAAAACCUUGCAGUUUCAAAACACAGUGGAUGACGUGGCCAUGUCUGCCGCGCAAAGAGAAGCUGCUAAGAAGGCGACAGCAGUUGCGGACAACAAAGGUGGCACUUCGAUAGAUACCAGCAAUGCGUCCUCAGGAGGACCGUCCUCAUCCGCGACCUCGAAUACGGCACGAGAUAAAAGUGCGAGCAAUACCGCCAAAAUUAAGGAUGCGAUCGGCUGGCGAGGUGAUGGCAUGUCGGAAGGAGAAAGUGAACCGGCGGUUAGCGCCGAAGAGAAAGAGGACUAUGAGUUAUUGAAGGAAUUUGCGCCCGAGCUGUUGAUACCAAUUCGUGCCAUUCUAGGCGUUGGCGCUCACAAUGUAUUCUCACAGAAUCAGAUUCGGCCUCGAGUCCAGACCUAUCUUGCUGCGAGCGCGCAGGCAGCGGCAAAGACUCAGGCAAAGCGAGACCAGGAUCCGGCACUCUCGAGACGGCAGCAACUCUUGGGUUCUCCUUCUGCAACCUCAAGUUUUCAUCCUCAGUUGGCCUCGCCAGACUUCUCAUUUGCCAAAAUCACCGGAGAAAAAAAGUCGAUAAAACACGCUGGUGCGUCCUCUUCUUCGAAGCAUGGUGAAUCAGACUCAACUACCUUCGAAUUAGGAUGUAAACAAGACACGAAAACGGACACAGACGACAGGGAACGAAUGAAUACCUCGUGCUCGGGUGGGUUGCAACUUGCACCAGUAACCGAAGCUGAAAGAAGUCAGCCACUAGCGAAAGAACUAUCUGCCGUCGAGCAACUGCGGCAAGCUCGUGAGGAGUUGGUUGCAUCAAUCACGGAGACCGCGCUAACCGUCUUCCACAAGCAGCGCAAGAAGUGGAAUUUGAAAGACACGAUGUUCAGUUCCAUAGUAGAGUUCUGUGAAAAUUCGACUGGAAAACUUGCAUCAAUUUUGAAUCGCAGUGAGGAAGACUGGGCUGCAUUCUGUGCGCGAAAUAACCUCUCUGACCAGUUCCGGAAGGAAAGACAAACGGGUUACUUGGUUGAUCAAAACUUCUUGAAAAAAAUAGCCGCUGAUAAGACAAAAAAUAAGCCCACCGUGACGUUCCUAAAGGACUAGACGUUUCUGCAAUUUCAAUCACGUCCACAACCCGACGAUCUUGUUUGGGAUUUCAUU